AUGAGUACAGUCACUAUGUGUUGCAAGCCAAUCAGCAAAUCAAACGGGUCUAGAGUGGACUUUGGGAUCGAGCUCCACGGGCUAGAGAUCAAGGGAAUGAGCGAAAUUGAUUUUGAAUUUCUUCGCCGGGCGUUAUAUGAAAACCAAGUUGUUGUCAUCAAGAACCAGCUCAGCCUUUCUCCACAGGCACAGUACGAGCUAACGCGUCGAUUCGAUCCAUCCGCGGGCGUCUACAGCCACGGAAAAUCGAUCGACAAACGAAGCGUCUUACAUCGUGACUUGACAACUAUUCCUCAUCAGCCACAAGUUCAGGUCAUUGGCCACGGCUUUGUACGGGAAUAUGAAGGACUCAAGAAUCUUCAGUUGAGACAUCCACAUCACAAAGCAUUCCACAAGGAACCAAUAUUGCCAGAAGAGGAUGAAGAAUUCACGCACUUUUAUCGGUGGCACAUUGAUUCGGCCAUGUAUGAUCUUGAUCCUCCACUUGUCACUUCUUUGCUGGCUGUGCAAGUCCCCAAAGGGAGACGUCAAAUUUGUCGUUAUGACGAUGGCACCGAUACCAUGCUAGAUGUUCCCCUCGGAACAACGGCAUUUUUCAGUGGCUAUCGUCUUUAUGAGUUGCUUUCUGAUGAAGAAAAGCAUUUUGUUCGUACCAGCAAAGUCGAGUACGCACCUCACCCUUAUAUCUGGAUGAGCAAGGCGAAAUCUCGUUCCAACGGAUUGGGAGUUGUUUCUGAGGGGCUGGAGUUGAAAGAAGACGAAAUUCCAGCUUUUGAAGAAAAUAAGAUCAAGAUCUACCCCAUGGCAUGGAAGAAUCCAAUCACCGGAAAGCUAGCAAUGAUGGUCUAUCCUACCUGUGUACGAAAGAUCCACCUUGAAAACGGACAUGUUAUGGAAAAUCUGUCGGAAAUUCGAGAAAGGCUUUAUCGAUUGCAGAGACGAGCAAUUGAUCCCCAAUAUAUUUAUACACAUGACUGGGAAGAAGGAGAUCUAGUAUUGUUCAACAAUCAUGGAGUCAUGCAUUCCAUUGUGGGCUCCUUUAAGGAUGGCCUCGAAGUAAGAUUGUUCAGGCAAUGCAAUAUGGCAGGCAGCCGCCCUCCAUUGGGUCCUAUGGAUAAUGUACCAAUUCCUCAGUUUUAG